AUGAGUUCUUUCGGAAUUCCUCCGGCUCUGCUGCCAUAUCUUAUUGGGAGCAAAACAGAUUUUUCCACAUUACAGCCUUCUAUACUCAAGAUUAAUGUUAUCUUCGUAGCUGCGAUAGUUCUCACCACAGGCCUCAGGUUUGUGGUCCGGUUUCGUAUGCUUCGAUCUGCUGGUUUAGAUGACUUAAUUAUGGUAGCAGCUGUUACAUUUGCUUUACUAUUAUCAGCGUCAUGCCUCUUGGGAAGACAGUACGGACUUGGAAAGCAUUUGUGGAAUCUCAACUCGGAUCUCACCAAGUUACCACAUAGCGUUGGACAAAUCACGAAGUCAUUGUAUGGCUGCUAUCUAGCAUAUGCUACGGCCAUAACAUUCACGAAAUACUCCAUCAUGGCUACCUAUAUCAGAAUAUUUCCCAAAGGCAGACUUCACUACAUAGUCUACGCAGCAGGUGUGAUCGUUACUUCCUUUUGGAUUUGCUCAAUUUUUUUAAUCAUUUUCACAUGCACACCGAUUCAAGGAGCUUGGGAUUACUCCAUCAAAAGCAAAUGUAUCGACAUUGUGAAGUACUUCUACGUUGCUGCUGGUUUCAACAUUGCGACAGAUCUGUUGUUGUGCUUUUUGCCUCUGCCAACAAUAUGGGCAUUGAGAAUGCCGAAGGCACAGCGGGUCGUGGUCUGCCUACUCUUCUGCCUGGGAACAUUUGCUUGUAUUGCAAGUAUCAUCAGGAUUACUCAACUGAAGAGUUUGACCGGCUACGAUAUUUCGUAUCAAACAGUGAGGUCCCUCAACUGGAGCGUCAUCGAAGUCGGAACUGCUAUAAUAUGCGCCUCGCUUUCAUCGCUCCGACCGCUUGCAGUUCGCGUCCUGCCGUCGUUCUUUGCUCAUUUCACCAACCCCACUAGAAACAUAUCCGAUACAGAGCUCACAAAUAACAUGUCCAAGAUAGCGAGGAACCGCUCAGUCGAGUCGAAAUUUGCCACCGACAUAUACAUACGGAGAUCUUUUGAUGUAUCGGAGCGGAACAAGCUGUCACCGACAGAUGGUACAGAGCAGGUGAGGAGUGUCAGUGUCGCAUCAGUCAACCACACAUGGACAGGAGAUUUUUCUAGAGGAUCAACAGAAGAAAUUUUUGAGGCGAGAUAA